CUCAUCCAGCACAGUCGUCGUUGUAGCUAUCAAUUCCAACAUGAAAUUCCUCAUUGUGUUCGCUCUGUUCGCCUGCGCGGCCGCCGAUGUCAGCCAUCUGAGCAAGUACCUGCCCCCGGCUCAGAGCUACAGGCAGCCCAGCAACGAGUACCUGCCCCCCGUGCAGCAGUCCUACUCGGCCCCAGCUGUCCAACACACCUACUCUGCCCCAGCUGUUCAGCAGACCUAUGGCGCACCAGCUGUACAGACCUACUCCGCUCCUGCUGUACAGACAUACUCUGCUCCAGCUGCCACCUACUCCGCUCCCGCUGCCACUUACUCCGCUCCCGCUGCCACUUACUCCGCUCCUGCUGUGCAGACCUACUCCGCUCCAGCUGUUCAGCAGACAUACUCCGCUCCCUCUGUAAGCUACUCCGCUCCGUCGGUUAGCUACAGCGCUCCCGUGGCACCCAGCAAUGAGUAUCUGCCUCCUGUCCAGCAGACAUACUCCGCUCCGGCUGUCCAGCAGUCAUACUCCGCUCCGGCUGUGCAGCAGACAUACUCCGCACCAGCUGUCCAGAGCUACUCGGCUCCCUCGGUUAGCUACUCCGCCCCAGCUGUCCAUCAGUCGUACUCCGCCCCAGCUGCCACAUAUUCCGCACCAGCUGUCCGCCAGACAUACGCGGCUCCAUCGGUGAGCUAUUCGGCACCAGCUGUCCAGCAGAGCUAUACCACAUCCUCGGCCUCCUCGGGCAGCUAUACGUCUGGUGAUGUGGGCACCCAGUACGCCUCCAAUGGCGGCUAUGUCUACAGAAAGAAGAGAUCCACAAAGAUGAUAACCAAGUCAUCGGUCAUAUGGCCAUUGCGGCUGCAGUUCCUUCUCCUCACACUGGUCAUCGCUGAUGUUAGUCAUGUGGCCAAGGAGUAUAUACCGCCAGAUGUCGGACAACCCACUGUCACUCAACCGCUGGCAGAUGAGCCACCAACUCCUAUGGAUCACAUGCAAGCCAACGAUGGCGCCUACUUUCCAAUGGCGGGUCUGAUGCUGCCGUCGGGCUAUGCGAUACCUACUGGUGCUAAUGUUGCACCACCCAUGUCGCCGCCCAACUUUCCGUUGCCCAUUUAUCCGCCAUUUUUUGGAUUUGGCGGUGGCCCAGAGGGAUUUGCCGGUGGUCAAUUUCCACAGGGCUUUCCGAAUGAGGCGCAGUUCACUGGCGGACAGUUUCCGGUUGGACCACAGGGUGGGGGUUUCUCAGGUGGACCUCAAGGUGGUCAGUUCCCAGUUGGGCCACAGCCUGGACAGUUUUCAGCUGGUCCACAGGAUGGCGCUUUCCCCGGGGGACCACUGGGCGGUGCUUUCCCAACUGGACCACAGGGCGCUCCUUUCCCCGGGGGACCUCAGGGCGGAGCUUUCCCAGCUGGACCACAGGGCGGUGCUUUCCCAACUGGACCACAGGGCGGACCUUUCCCAACUGGACCACAGGGCGCUGCUUUCCCAGCUGGACCACAGGGCGGACCUUUCCCAGCUGGCCCUCAAGGUGUUCCCUUUCCAGUUGGUCCAAUUCCACAAAACCCACAAGGUGGACCAUUUCCAUUCCCGCCCGAUUAUCUAACCACCCAGGGUUUACCCUCGGCGAGCAUGCAGUUGGCCUUUGGUAUGCCACCCGGCUUUGGUGGCCCAGAUCAUACAAAUCCCUAUCAGCAUCUGGUAAAUGUGGGUCAACCCUUCUCGCCCAGCUUCGGUAUACCGGGCCAACAUUAUCAGCCCCAACCGUUCGCCGACGAGCCAGAACCAAUGCAAAAGUCAGAGGAUAAUGCGAAACUAAGGAACAGUCCGACAACAACCACAACGGUGGCGCCCAAGAGCCACAACAGGGAAACGGUCUAUGCGUCCAACGGCGGCUACAAAACGUUUGUCGUUGCUGUUGUCGCCUUUGCCAUUGUGGGCUUGGUCCAAUCUCGUCCGGAGGGAGGUCAUUUCUCAUCGGGCAAUCGUUACCUGCCCCCGCUGCCCGUCAAGGAUGUGUCCGGCCAGUCGCUGCCCGUGCAGCAAAUCCAACAGAUCUUCCAGCAGCCGCAGCAACAGCAUUCGAUUCCACAAGUUGAAUCCAUCAGGCCAUCGAUAUCGUUGGGCAGCUUCUCGAUCCAAUCGGGUGGUCAGUCGAUCUCGACCAUUCAACAGACAACAGGUCUGGCUCCAGCUCCAGCUCCCAUCAGCUAUGAGGCACCCACUCCGAUUGUGGCUACCCAGACGCCAGUGAAGACCACGUACAUUCCACCUGCACCAGUGACCACUGUCCAGGAGUCCGCACCAGUGGUUGAGCAAACUUACUCCGCACCAGCUCCCGCUCCAGUCACCUAUUCCGCCCCUGCUCCAGUUGUUCAGCAGACCUACGCCGCUCCCGCUCCAGUGGUUCAACAGACCUACUCCGCUUCAGCUCCAGUCCAAGAGAGCUAUACUGUGUCAGCUCCCGCUUCCGCUCCAGUUGUUCAGCAUACUUACUCUGCUCCUGCUCCAGUGGUUCAGGAGAGCUAUACUGUGUCAGCUCCCGCUCCAGUGGUUCAACAGACCUACUCCGCUCCAGCUCCAGUGGUUCAGCAGACCUUCUCAGCUCCAGCACCAGUGGUUCAACAGACUUACUCCGCUCCAGCUUCAGUUCAAGAGAGCCAUACAAUUUCAGCGCCUGCUCCAGUCGUUCAGCAGACAUACUCCGCUCCAGUGGUUCAACAGACUUACUCCGCUCCAGCUCCAGUUCAAGAGAGCCAUACAAUUUCAGCGCCUGCUCCAGUCGUUCAGCAGACAUACUCCGCUCCAGUGGUUCAGCAGACAUACUCCGUUCCAGCACCCGCUCCAGUGGUUCAACAGACUUACUCUGCUCCAGCUCCAGUCCAAGAAAGCUAUACUGUUUCAGCACCCGCUCCAGUAGUUCAGCAGACAUACUCCGCUCCAGUCCAGGAGAGCUACACUUAUUCCGCUCCCGCUCAAGUAGCUCAGCAAACUUACUCGGCACCGGCUCCAGUAAUUCAGGAGAGUCAUGUAGUCUCUGCACCCGCUCCAGUGGUUCAGGAAAGUCAUGUGGUAUCGGCACCUGCUCCAGUUGUCCAACAAACUUAUACUGCUCCCGUGAUCCAAGAAAGCCAUUCGGUUGCUGCUCCUGCACCAGUGGUUCAGCAGACAUACUCCGCUCCAGCUCCAGUCCAAGAGACCUUUACUGUGUCAGCUCCCGCUCCAGUGGUUCAAGAAACCUACUCUGCUCCGGCUCCAGCUCCCGCACCAGUGGCUCAGCAGACCUACUCCGCUCCAGCACCAGUUGUCCAAGAGACCACCGUCAUUUCUGCACCCAUCCAACAGAUUGCUCCAGCCGUGCAAUACAGUGGCUACAAUUACCAGGCACCAGCUCCAAUUGUUCAGCAGACCACCACUAACUACAGAGCACCCGAGAUUGUCGCUGCUCCCGCACCCGUAGAAAUUCAGACCCAUCAGCAGACUUACACUCAGGUUCAAACAACAGCUCCUGCUCCUGCUCCCGUACAGCUGCAGCAAUCAUUUGUGCCUGCACCACCUGCCCAGCAAGUGGUUCAAUACCAUAGCCCAGCGCCUGUACCUCAGCAGAUCUCCCAGCAGUUCACACCCACUUACAGCUACACUCCACCCGCUGUCCAACAACAGUUGACCUAUUCCCAGCCUGCUCCAUUUUCAGUUCCAACUGUGGUUUCGGCACCAGCAACCACCUCACUGAUCAGCAGCUCGGUCAGCACCAACGGAGUGUCCAAUGUCCAAUCGCAGAUCGACACUAGCUAUGGCGCCAACGGUGGCUACCAAUUCUUCGCCAUCGUUUCCCUUGCCCUUGUGGCCCUGGUUGCCGGAGAUGUCAGCCACUUGAGCAACACGUAUUUGCCACCUCGUCAUGUUGCCGCCGCCAGCUACUCCGCUCCCGUGGUGAGCGCCACCUAUAGUGGCCAGUCGUAUGUUGCUCCCGCUGCCAGCUAUCAGAGCGCAUCCUUUGCUGCUCCAUCUGAGACUUAUUCCAGCCAAUCUUUUGCCGCUCCUGCUGCUGCCUCCUUCGCCAGCGAGUCCUCCUAUGUGGCUCCAGCUGCCACCCAGACAGUGUCAUACACUGCUCCAGCUACCAACUUCGCUGCCAAGUCUUAUGCCGCUCCUGCUACCAGCUUCGAGUCCUCCUAUGUAGCUCCAGCUGCCACCCAGACCGUGUCAUACACUGCUCCAGCUACUAACUUCGCCGCCAAGUCUUAUGCCGCUCCUGCUGCUGCCUCCUUCGUCAGCGAGUCCUCCUAUGUGGCUCCAGCUGCCACCCAGACCGUGUCAUACACUGCUCCAGCUACCAACUUUGCUGCCAAGUCUUAUGCCGCUCCUGCUGCCAGCUUUGAGUCCUCCUAUGUGGCUCCAGCUGCCUCCCAGCAGACCGUGUCCUAUGCCGCUCCAGCUGCCGCUCAGCAGUCGGUCUCCUUUGCUGCCCCAGCUCCUGCUGCAGUGAGUGAUUUCUCGUAUGUGGCUCCAGCUGCCUCCGAGCAGACCGUUUCCUUUGCUGCCCCCGCCCCUGCCGCCGCUGCCACCUACAACAGCGCCACAUUCGAAGCACCCGCUGCUGCCGCAACCUUCACCAGCGCAUCCUAUGCCGCUCCAGCUCCAGUUGCCGCUGCCACCUAUACUGCUCCAGCUGUUGCCCAACCCGUCGCAGCAGCCAGUUACCGUGCUCCAGUUGUCAGCCAUUCGGCUCCCUCACACUCCCACUCCGGCAUUGACACCGUCUACGGCUCCAACGGUGGAUACCGUUCCUUUGUGAUUUGCACUGCUCUGCUGUCCCUCGUUGCCCUGGGCGUGUCCACUCCUUUGGGUAGCACCUACCUGCCACCCCAGGCCAACGCUUACAGUGGCUAUAACACCGCCGCCUCGGGCAGUUCCUCCUCCUAUGCCUCCGCUCCAGCGGCAACUGGCGGCAAUUAUGCAGCAAGGCGUUCACAUGGAUAUGCUUCAUCAUCGACACCAUCUCAUCAGUAUAAUCAGGGAAGCAGCAGCUCGGGAUACGCCUCGGCACCUGUGGCAGCUCCCUCUCGUCAGUAUCUGUCGCCGGCGACUUCUUUGAGCAGCUACUCAACAUCGGGUGCUACCCAUAAUAGCUACUCGGCUCCAAGGAUCUCUCACAGCAACUACGCCUCCUCGGCCUCAUCUCACGCGCCGGUGGCAGCUCCUUCCCGUCAGUAUUUGGCUCCUGCCGCUUCCCACAGCAGCUACUCCGCUCCAGGUACCGCCCACAGAAGCUACUCCGCUCCAGCUACCGCCCACAGAAGCUACUCCGCUCCAGCUACCGCUCACAGAAGCUACUCCGCACCUGCCGUUUCCCACAGCAGUUAUUCCGCUCCAGCUCCCGCUCACAGCAGCUUCUCAUCCGCGGCGUCAUCGCACUUACCCGUGACAGCUCCUUCUCGUCAAUACCUGGCGCCAGCUUCAUCACGCUCCAGCUAUUCUUCUCCAGCUGUCUCUCACAGCAGUUACUCCGCUUCAGCUCCCGCUCACAGCAGCUACUCCGCUCCAGCCGUCUCCCACAGCAGCUACUCCGCUCCAGCUGUCUCCCACAACAGCUACUCCGCUCCAGCCGUCUCCCACGGCAGCUACUCCGCUCCAGCCGUCUCCCACAACAGCUACUCCGCUCCAGCCGUCUCCCACAGCAGCUACUCCGCUCCAGCUGUCUCCCACAACAGAGGCUACUCCACUCCAGCUCGUUAUGCAUCCUCGCAUGGACAAGGAUACGGUGGAUAUGCAGCGGCUUCCUCAGCUUCGGCUCGUAGCCAGGGACUGGGCUAUGGAUAUUCUGCACCAGCUGCAGUCGGAGGCACCCGUUAUGCUUCCAACGGUGGAUACCAGUACCGUUAUUAGGAUUAAUGUGAUCUCGAUCUUUGGGCUGAGGACUUAACAUGGUAUUAAUUUUUCAAUUUUUUUUUUUUAUAAAUAAAUUAACCUUUUUUUUUUGUAUUUAAAUAAUAAAAUAAAAGUGUGC